UUCCCCCGCCCCCCCCCCCCCCCCAGCACAGACGAACAGAGGCAGUGAAAGACGAACAGGAUUAGAGACCGAAAGAGGAAGAGGUAGAUGCGAAAUCUUGGCGUCUUUCAAGGUUAUUGCACAAAAUGUUUCAGAAGAAGAAAUCAAGGGCUUGAAACAAACGUUCAAAAGCAUGGAUACCGAUGGGAGUGGCUCAAUCACAUACGAUGAACUCAAAGCCGGAUUGACUAAGCUGGGCUCAAAGCUUACUAAAUCAGAAAUAAUGGCGCUUAUGGAUGCUAUUAUGGAUUGACUAGGCUGAGGAGGGAAAGAUUUUAACUUUGUUGCGCUUAUGGAUUAGGAGGGAAAGAUUUAUUCUGUAAAGGAAGUUAGGCCUCCACAAAUCCCUGAGGAUCCUAAUCCUCUUAUUAAGAGUGCAAAAUUUUGAGCGCCAACUCAUAUUAUCUCUACAAAUUCCGAUGUCAAAGGUGAAAAGUCAUGAUACACUGGUAUCCUUAUGCCUUCCAUCGUUGAACAGGAGUAUGGAGUGGGUGAUGUUAUUUUCCUGUUGUGGUUCAAAUGCAGCCUCCCCCAUUACUGCACAAAGUUUAUUGAGCCGAGCUUUUUAUGACAACAGCCUCUCACAAGAGGUUAGCGGAGAUGCUCUUGGAGAGGAGUUUAAGGGCUAUGUUUUCAAGAUUAUGGGAGGAUGUGACAAGCAAGGAUUCCCCAUGAAACAAGGAGUGUUAACAACUGGCCGGCCCCGUCUCUUGCUCCAAAGAGGGACUCCAUGCUUUCGUGGACAUGGAAGGCGCACCGGAGAGAGGAGGAGGAAGUCUGUUCGUGGGUGCAUUGUGAUCCCAGACCUUUCUGUUCUGAACUUGGUUAUUGUGAAGAAAGGUGAGAGCAAACUUUCCGGCUUGACUGACACUAACAAACCAAGGUUGAGGGGUCCUAAGAGGGCAUCAAAAAUUUGUAAACUCUUCAGCCUCUCCGAGGAAGACGAUGUUCGAAACUACGUGAACACAUACCGCUGGAUGUUCACAAACAAAGCUGGUAGGUUUUAAUGUUUUUUAUAAUGUUAGAAGUUCGAAGUGAUUCAUUUGGCAAUAGAGUUCGUUUUUCCUGUAUUUUCAAGAACCAAAUUAUGGUGUUGUGAUGUUUUGUAGUUUUUUCCCACAUUUUGCAGAUGGACCUUUACUGUGGUUUUAGACCA